AUGGAGUUUGUGUGGCUUACUACGAAUCAACUCAACGCUUUAGCGGAUAGCGAUCCAGAACUCCGCAAGUACUUUGUGAGUGCUUUAGCCUGUGACGAACUACCCGAGUCGCCUGAACGUGUGAAACCGAGAGCUUACAUUGUCAAUACACAUCCUGCAGACAAACCUGGGGAACACUGGAUAGCUGUGUGGACCGAACACGAUAGCUGUGAAAUUUUAGAUAGUUAUGGUUUAGAUUUAACCACCUAUGAAUUUCUGACACCAUUCAUUGUAUGGUUAAACCGAUGGCCUUACGUGCGUAAAAAUACUCGAGCAUUACAAUCUGUAAAAACCGCAAGUUGUGGAAACUAUGCCAUCAUUUAUUUAAUGUGUAAAGCAAGACGCAAGAGUAUGGAUGAGUUUUUUUCCAUGUUUUCUAAAAAAGGAUUAUGCAGGCAACGAUGAUAAAGUAGGCGACAUGUUAGAAGACAUCAUUCAAUCGUUAAUAAACUAA